AUGGAGACUUACGAUCGACGCACGGCUUCUUCCCAUGAUGGGUUCAACUCGGAGUAUAUCGAUGGGCAGAUGGUUUCAACUAACAGCCCCCCAACCAUCCCAAAGAAAAGUCCGUCGUUGGUGAACAUGUCUUUCCUCAAGAACUUGAACGACACGCAGAAGAAGACAGCCGGUGAGGGACAACAACCAAGACGGCGUGGUCCUAAGCCAGAUAGCAAGCCGGCACAAACCAGAAGACAAGAAUUGAAUCGACAAGCCCAGAGAACACACCGUGAGCGUAAAGAGCAAUAUAUUCGUGCACUAGAGGUCGAGAUAUCUCGACUCAGAGAGGGAUAUACCAACGAUGUCAACGGCGCGAAUGUGUCAAUCAUGCAGCAUCGACAAGCCCUAGAGGAGCUGAAAGAGGAGAAUCGGAUUUUAAAAGAGCUCCUUGCAUCCCACGGUAUCAACGUCGAGGCUGAACUGGAAAAGCGUAAAGCUCUUAUCCAAAACACCCCCCAAGGCAGUAGCUAUGGUGGUAGCACCUCCGUGUCGCAAUCACAGACUGCUCCUGAUAUUGGUGGCAUGAACUACCUUGGUACUCCGGAAACCUCGAUCUCUCCUGGUAGAAGCCCUGGAACUACCGCGUCAGAGAUGGCGCAACAGCAAUCCGUUGGAUCGAGUAAUCCAUACUUUGGGUCGCCAAUACCGCAGCCAGGCACCAGCAGCGGGUUAUCGUCUGAUGGUACAGGCGGCGGAAACGUCGUGGUCAGUAACACCCCUGGUGUCUUCGACGCUGACCCGCAGCUCGGUGUAGACUUCGUCCUUCACCUUGAAAAGCCAUGUAAUGGCCAUCUAGAGUUUCUUUGCCGCAGAGCACACGACGACGACGAUCAGGAAGCGGUAUCGGGACACAUGUUGAUGGCGACAUGUCCACCGCCGUCAGUAAUAGCCACCACCGAACGAGGUCAGCUCUACCCUACAAAAACAUACGACUUACCGCCCGCGAAUUUGAAUACUCUCCUUAAUCUAAGCAAACAACUCGUAACCGACGAUGAGAUCACCCCGAUAAUGGCACUGCAACUUCUCCGUAACCACGAGGCAUAUCCAUACCUAACUAAAGAAGAUGUAGCACACAUGAUGGACGACCUUGCAGCAAAAGUCCGUUGCUAUGGAUUCGGAGCGGUCCUCGAAAAUUUUGAAUUCAUGGACUCGCUAAACAGCGUGUUGACGAAUAAGAUGGACUCCACGUUUGCUAGCAAUGAUGGCAGCUCAUCGCUGAUUUCACCACCAAUCCAGCGAACGGAGAUAAUGAAUAUGUACUCAUGA